UCAUCUAUCAAUUGUACAAUCAUUGGUGAUGAUGUGAAAAAUGUGAGAAGUGGUAUUCAGAUUGCACUCGGAUAACAUUCCUCCAAUACUUAAAUGUGAGUGGAUUUAUUUGGUGUAUCUGCCGCCAACCAAUAAACUGUUUUGUUUAAAUAAAGUAAUAGACAUGUUUACUCAGUCAUAUAAAGAAGAAGAAGAAAUAGAAAAAUCAAUUUGCUGGAGACGGCGUCGGACGUGGGUAGGAGACCUUUUGGGAGCACACGAGUAGUGCUUAGCCAUGUCAUUGCUAACAUAAGCAACUGGUUCAGAUAAAAGUAAAACUCGCAAAAUCAAAUCCUAUUUUUCAAAUUUUGCACACGUCUUCUAAAACCACCUUUUUGAUACUUAGAUUGUCGAAGCUUCAAUUUCAAGGUUUGUGUACAAAUUAGCUAACUUCUCCCUCUCUAACGAUUAUGAAUCGGCGCUACGAUAAGCCGCCGCCAUUGUCAGUUUCCUCCAAAGGGAAGAAGAAACAUUUCGUCAACCACACAGCUCCCAACACUCCUGGCCAUUACGAGAAACCUCAAACCAGUCCGACGUUGUCAACGACUCGAUCGCACGAACCGAUCACCAAUUCCGAUGAUAAGCUCAGUUACGAGAUCUUCUCGAUUCUCGAAAGCAGGUUUCUCUUCGGACACGAAGACCCAAGGCUACUAUGGAUACCUCGUAGUCCAUUACGACCCGGUGAUUCUGAGGCAGGUCCUUCUCCUAGAUCCCCGUUGACUCCUAACGGCGUCGUUCUCCCUGGAACACCGUCUUCGUCGUUCAGAAGUCCGAGAGGAAGAAUCUGCGUGUUGAGCAUCGACGGUGGCGGCAUGAGAGGUCUUUUGGCGGGAAAAUCCCUAAUCUAUUUGGAACAAAUGCUCAAAGAGAAAUCCGGCGAUCCAAACGCUCGAAUAGCCGAUUACUUCGACGUCGCCGCCGGAUCAGGAGUCGGCGGAGUAUUCUCGGCGAUGAUGUUCGCGACAAGAGACGGUAACCGCCCCAUUUUCAAAGCGGAGGAUACUUGGAAGUUCCUCGUAGACAACGCCGAAGGUUUCUACAGAUCAGGCGGCGGAAGCGGAGGAGGAGGAGGAGCGGGAGCGGCGAUUAAACGUGUCAUGAGAUCCGGAUCCGGAUCCGGUUCGUCUUCGGUAACCGCCGCAACGGCGAAGCUAGAGAAAGCCAUGAAAGCAUCGUUCGCUGAUCUAACGCUUAAAGACACACUCAAACCAAUCCUCAUCUCUUGCUACGAUCUCUCAAGCACGGCGCCGUUUCUAUUCUCACGCGCCGACGCGCUCGAGAGCGACAGUUUCGACUUCCGUCUCCGAGAUAUCUGCCGUGCCACGUGGGCUGAGCCGGGGACAUUUGACCCGGUUCGCACGUGUUCCGUCGAUGGUAAAACACGGUGCGUCGCGGUUGGUGGUGGUUUAGCGAUGAGUAAUCCGACGGCGGCGGCGAUAACGCACGUGUUUCAUAACAAACAGGAGUUCCCGGCGGUGAAAGGAGUGGAGGAUUUGUUGGUGUUGUCGCUUGGGACUGGUCAGCUUUUUGAAGUGAAUUAUGAUUACGAGCAAGUUAAGAAUUGGCGGGUUAAAGAAUGGGCUCGGCCCAUGGCGAGGAUCUCUGGUGAUGGAUCUGCUGAGUUUGUUGAUCAGGCUGUUGCUAUGGGCUUUGGGCCUUACCGGAGUAGUAAUUACGUUCGCAUUCAGCAGGCGAGCGGAUCCCGACUAGGAGCUUGUGGACCGAACGUGGACACGGAUCCAAGGGCGGAGAAUGUGAAGAAACUGACGGAGAUCGCUGAUGAGAUGUUGAAGCAAAACAAUGUGGAAUCGGUUUUGUUCGGAAGCAAAAGGAUAGGAGAAAUGAGCAAUUCAGAGAAACUAGAGUGGUUCGCGAGUGAGCUUGUCAUUGAGCAGCAGCGACGAAGUGUUAGAGCGUCUCCAACCGUAACGUUAAAGCAAGCUGUGUCCAAAACCAACCGUAAUGCUAUUAACGCAACUCUCACUCUCAUAUCUAAAGAAGGAUGAAAACAUUUUUCGAAGAAAUGUUUCAACAAGUCAUUGUUUUAUUUGUCCUUUUAUUGGUCCUUUUUCAUUGAUUUAUUUUUCCUUCUACGUUGAGAUUUAUUACAUAUACGGGAGAAAUAGAGUGAAAUUCAAAUAUACAAGUCAUAUUUUAGUUUCA